UGUUGGUUGUCAAAACAAUGUCAAAGUACCCAAGUUUGUACAUAUUGGUGCGUAAGUUUGGGUGUCGUUUAAUAAUAAAACUAAAAUUAAUAAUGAAAAUAGCUUAUAGUGUAAUUAUAACUGAUGAAUGUGUUGACUGUUGACUUCAUAGUACCUGAUUGAAAAUGAGUGAACAAUUUACAAGGGAGCAUUUGAGAAUAUCUGUUGGAAAAAUUUUACACACAUUAGGAUGGCAUAAUUCGAAUACAACACCAUUAGAAUAUUUAACAGAUUUGCUUCGAAAUUACAUAUCUCAGUUGUCUAGGGUAACAUGUGAAUAUGCCAAUGAAUUUGGGUAUGCAGAUCCUAAUUUGGAUCAUCUAGCCCUGGCGUUCAGAGAAUUAAGGAUUAGUGUGCCAGAAUUAGAGGAAUUUGUAAAAUAUGUGAACUUCGGUGCACCAGCUACUCAAGUUUGUAAAUAUCCAGUUCCCAAGGAGGAUCAGUUAAAUUUUCUGAAACCUGGGAGUAAAGAAGUGGUAACAAGGCCUGUUCACAUUCAUGAGCAUCUACCUCCUAUGAAUCCAAUAUUAGAAGGUGCUAUAGUUGAAAAAGAAGCUACGACACCGCCUGUUCCAGAAAAAGUAGAUGACGCUGCCGCAAUCCCGGAAAAUCCACCAGUUUUUAAAAAACCACCUGACGUUGUUCCUGGAGAAUUUAAGAGAAGCAAGAAGGAAGAUGAGGGAAGCAGGCCUACUCGAGAGAUUAGUAGUGUUAUGAUGACGACUUCCGGAUUUCUUUCACCUGCCCGUGAAGGCAGACUUCCAGAAGCGAAAACACCUGUGGCCCCACCUGUAGAACAUCCUCCCCAACCUACUUCAUCUUUUGCGAAUUUAUCUAGUUCAGAUCAUAAUAUGGGAGUUUUACCUAUGAAAAAACUUCCCAGACCUAUGAAGAAACUUGAAAGGAGGAAAGAUAGAAUAGGAAAGGAGCUUUUCAAGAAUCAGGAAGAAUCAAGAAUUAGGAAGAACCCAUUUAAAGAUUCGCCCAAAAUUAAAAAAAUGAAAACGUUUUCUAAUGAUAUGAGUAUAACGCCAGACUUUAAUCAAUUUUUGAAUAUGGGUAAAUUGCCUCAGGCUCCUCCAAAUCAUAAAUUGAAUCCAGUCAAAUUCAAUAAUAAGGCUUUGCAAGCAGCGCGAAUGAAGACUGAAAAAUUCAACACUACCAUAACGCCAUUACCUAUGAAAUCCCAAAAUAAUCGUGCACCUGUGGAUAAGCUCCAUACAGUUCCAGAUAGGAAAAAAGCCAAUAUUCUCAAAAAGAUAUCAAAUGUGAAAGAUAAAGUAGAUGAGAAAAUUGCCAUAAAAAAAGAAGAAAAAGAGGAUCCCUCCAGUCCCCCUAAUCUGAUAAUAGACGAACCUGAUGAUAUAAUCCCCAAACUAAAGCAAUUUAGAAGUGACAUAACCAUUGAGCCAAUAAAUCCAACGACAUGCAACAGUGUAGCUGUUAAACCUGAGCUGAUGUAUUUCGAUGAAUCGCCUCCAGGUACUCCAUCGACUCCCAAAACACCAGAAAUGAUAGCAACUCCUCAAUCUGUGAUAAAAGAAAAGAAGAAGAGAAAACCAAAAGUCCCAAAGCUGGCCAAAAUGGAGCCACCUUCCGGUACUUAUGGUUCCUGUAACGAAGCAGAAGCACUAGCAGAUAGACCCAAAACACCAAAAGCUGAAAUCGAUGUGCCUACACACAGGGAAUCACCGGUGCCUCAACAGAUGCCUGAAUUUCCAUUUGGCAAUAUUAAUCCGUACCAAUUCGGCCGACCAAAUUUGAAUUUCUUGGCAAACUUUGGUGGACCAGGCUUAAUACCUCAACCUAUAGGUAAUCCAAUGAAUCCCUUAUCAAAUCCCUUAUUCCCUGGUCAUUUUCCAUUGUUGAAUUUACCCGAUUUUGGUCAAAAUCCUUAUUUGCCACCGCAAAAUGUACAAACACACCCUAAUAAUUUAUCGAAUUUUGUUCCAAAAGUUGAAGAAUUACCUAGCUCAUCAUCCUCAGUACCUGAAUCUGUUAGCUUACCUGCCCCUACUCCUAGAACCCCUGAACUUGUAACAUCAAGCGUUAAAACGGAAAAACUAGACAAAAAAUCGAAAGAACAUAAAAAAGAAAAGAAGGAUAAAUUAAAGAAGAAAAUGAAGAAAGAAAAACUCAAAGCAGAAAAAAAAGAAGAAAAGAAAAAAUUCAAGAAGAAAGAAAAGAGAGAUAAGCGUAAAGAAAAAGAAGUCAAAGAAGAACCUUCAGCAGUGCCUAAACUUACUCUAAAGUUGAAAUCACCUUCACCUCGUCCAGUUACUCCGGAUACAACAACUAAAAAAUUAAAUAUUAAGCCUGUAGUGAAAAAGGAACCAGAAUUGUUCGAUGAUCAGCCAGAUGUUGAUGGGUCCAAUCUUGCUCGUAUUUCUGCUUUAGUAACAGGCCCACCAAAAUUGAAAAAUACACCACCACCAACACCACCUCAAUCUUCCUUUGUACCACCAGCUGUUGAAACAGUUUAUCCUAAUAGUUACGCUAUACCGAAGAAAAAACACAAACCCGAAAUCAAACCUAUAAAACUUAAGGUUGAAAUAAAGAAAGAGCCAGUUAUUGAACCUCCAACGCCACCUCCAUCAAAAUACAUUGAUGCUGAAGGCAAUGAAGUAUGGAUAUGUCCUGCAUGUAGUCGACAGGAUGAUGGUAGUCCUAUGAUUGGUUGUGAUGGGUGUGAUGCCUGGUACCAUUGGGUGUGCGUGGGGAUUCAAGUACCUCCAGAUGAAAAUGAAAAUUGGUACUGUAGACACUGCCUUCUCAAAAAAGAUGAAGAUCUUCAGACAGAUAAAAAGAAGAAAAGAAAAAGAAAAGAUAGGAAGGAUCAUCAAUAGGUCAAUUUUGCAUUAAGAAUUUUUAAAUUAUUGAAUCGUUUUCCAUCAUUUAUAUAAGCAAAGAGUUUUUUAUAUUUGUUACCUAUUUUUACGGAACAAUUUUUAUUAUAAUUUUUUUUUAAAUGCAAUCAUAUUAUACCAAUAAUUUGUUUUAUAAUGAACAUUUUUUUGGAAUGAGAACUCUAGAGAAUCAGUUGUGUAAUUGUUAACGAAAAUAAAAACUGUUGCUCUA